CACCACGCACCGCAUUAGUGUGGCGGGAGCGACUACCGGGGGCGCUGUGGGGCCCACUAGAACCCAGGGUGGUCCCUGCUUGCAAGGCCACCUGAGCAGGUGCCUGAUUCAAAGCUCGGCAAUUCUAGACUAUGGUCUCCAUAAAAUGCUAUCUCCAUGUGGCAGGAACCAAAAAUAAUUCAUAAUUCCUGAAGGCCACGUCUUUGAAAUUUUGCACAUACAGUCUUUUGUUGUUUACAAGGAUUUGCAUUAUUUUAGAUUGAUAACCUUCAAUUUGCAUGUUUUCAGAUAGUGUUAUUGCAGAUUUAUUUUAAGAUUUUAUUUAUUUAUUCAUGAGAGAGGCAGAGCAGAGGGAGAAGCAGGCUCCAUGCAGGGAGCCUGAUGGGGGACUCCAGCCGGGACUCCAGGAUCACGCCCUAGGCCGAAGGCAGGCACUAAACCGCUGAGCCACCCAGGGAUAGCAGAUUUCCAUUAAAUGUAACCACGCUUUAGUUUGCUUUUACUGUGGAUGGGUGGGGCAGGAAUGAGCCUUGUCAAAGUAAAACAGAGAUGGAUACUAAUAAAAGCAGUUAAGAUAUAUAUUUUUUAAGAUUUUUAUUUAUUUAUUCACGAGAGACACAAAGAGAGAGGAGGAGACAGGCAGAGGGAGAAGCAGGCUCCAUGCAGGGAGUCGGGUGUGGGAUCAGAUCCUGGGACUUCAGGAUCACGCCCUGGGCCAAAGGCAGGCGCUAAACCACUGAGCCACCCAGGGAUCCCCUCAGUCAAGAUAUUUUAUUCAGAACCUUUUGGAAUAGGAGAAAGAGACUUCAUUACAGAAUUGGACUCAAUUCCAAAUACAACAAGUAAAAGUGGGAAUUUAUACCUGGGGUUAGGGGUGGGUGUAAUUCUUGCUAAACUAACAGGAUCCUUUUAUUUAUUUUUUAUUAUUAUUAUUUUUUUAUUUUAGAGAGAGCACAAGUGGAGGGAGAUAGAGAGGGAAAGAAUCUCCAACGGACUCCAUGCUGAGCACAGAGCCCAGUGUGGGGCUUGAUAUCAUGACCCUGAGGUCAUGACCUGAACCAAAACCAAGAGUUGGAUGGAUGCUUAACUGACUGAGCCACCCAGGUGCCCAAUGACCUAACAGGAUUCUUACUGAAGUAGGCCAAGUGAUCAGAUAAUGCCUGGAGGACUGUGGGAGAUGAGGACUUUGAAAAGAUGUGAGAGUGAUCAGAUAUGGUGGGUGGGGAUUUUGAUUAUACCAAUUCUUUAUGAAUCUAAGUAAUGCAAAAUGGACACAGAAGCCUAGAGAUUAAAAAAAAACAAAACAAAAAAACCCCAAAAAACAAAGAAGCCUAGAGAUCAGGGCCUAGUUGAGAAGAGGGUUCAGAGGAGCCAUACUCUCUCAAGGAGAGAGUCUUUGUCAACAGUAAGAGAAAGUUUAUUAUCUGUUGCUGUGUAACAACCCAGAACUUAGUGGCAUAAAGCAACGAUAAAUAUUACUUCAGUUUCUGAUGACAGGAAUCCUUGAAUGAUUUAGCUAGGGGUUCUGGCCUGGGCAUGAAAUUAUGAUUAAUAUGUCAAUCUGGAUUGUUGUCAUAUGGGACUUGAGUAGAGCUAAAAGAUCCACCUCAGAGAUGGCUAACUCAUUGCCCAUUUGGGCCUCUGUGUGGAGCUGCUUGGCUGGCCUCACAACUUGUCAUCUGGCUUUCCAAAGAGUGAGUGAUCCAGGAGAGGGCAAGGUAGAAGCCCCAAUGCGUUUUGUGCUCUGGGGUCGGAAUUUAUGCACUGUCAUUUGCACAGUAUCUAUUGGUUACACAAGUCGAACCUGCACAGAAUAGGAGGGGACUACACAACUAGACAAGGGCUGGGAGUCAUUGGGGGUUGUCUUGGAGGCUGGCCACCACAUAAGGCAAGGGAGUAGAGGGCGUUGAGGUCUAGUGUAAGCUCCCUGUGGCUACUAUAACAGGACCACAUAUUUGGUGGCUUAAAGCAAUGCACAUUUAUUCUUACAGUUCUGGGGGUAAGAAAUCUGAAAUCAUUUUCACUGGACUGAAAUCAAGAUGUUGGCAGAGCCACCCUUCCUGUGGAGGAACUAGGGGAGAAUUGGUUUCCUUACCUUUUCUAGCUAUUAUAGCUGUAGACUGUGUAUUCUUUGGCUAAUGGCCCUUUGUCAAUCUUCAAAGCCAGCAGUAUGGCAUCUUGCUUUAGUGGUCACAUUGCCUUUUGUAGUCUAUAGUUAAGUCUCCCUCCACCCUUCCCUUAGAAGGACAUUUGUGAUUGCAUGUAGGGCCCACCUGAUUUCCCCAUCUUAAAAUCCUUAAUCACAUUCACAUUCCAUUUAUGGAACAUUCACUGGUUCCAGAAACUAGGACCUGGGUAUCUUUGGAGACCAUUAUUCAGUCAGCUAUAUCCAGGCUGAAAGAGGUCAUCCUGAUAGAAAGAUGAGACAUUCAAAUUUUUUAAAGCAAGAUGACUUGAGUUUGAAAAAAAAAAAAUCAUUCAGGCAUGUAGGGGGUCAGGGUAGGAGAAAUACUGAGAGCUAACUAGGAUGUGGUGGGGGAGGUGGGUAGUGACCAGGUGCUGGCUCAUGCUAGUGUGGUUUGGUCAGCCGUGGGAGAGUGUAAAGUAAAGGAGCCUGACAGCCCAUACCUCUAUGCACCAAUAGUGAAGAGCAAGAGGAGUGCUACAGGGGUCUGAGGUGAAGCAGCAGAGAGGGCCAUGAAAAAGCAAGGAAUGUUGGGCAUCUGGGUGACUCAGUUGGUUAGGCUUCUGACUUUUAGCUCAGGUCAUGAUAUCAGGUUCCUGGGAUCUAGCCACAUGUCAGGCUAUACUCUGAGCAGGAAGUCUGCUUCUCUCUUUCUGGCCCCCACAACAUCCUCACACUCUUUCUCAGGUAAAUAAAUAAUCUAAAAAAAAAAAGAAAAGAAAAAAAGGCAAGGAAUGGUCUCCUGCUAGAAUUUCAAGAGGAGACAUGAAGUACUCGUGUACUCAGUGGACUCAAUGCCUGGGCUGUCACUGACAAUCCAUGCAGGGUGGGUGAUGGUUGAAGGGGCAGAGUGGGGGAGGCAGGAGGUACAGGGAGCGUGUAUCAAGGUUUGAGGACCUUCUGAGUGGGAGGUGAGGACAUGGGGACAGGAACAGAGUCCUCUGUUCCCAACCAAAGGGUUCUUCAUACCUCCUGCACAACUUUUGUCAGAGCCAUAUGCCACCUAUACUAUGAUUUCUUUAAUAUUUUAAAGUCUACUUGUGUUUUUCUUAAAAGAAAAUACCCCUUGGCUAAUGAUACUUAGCAUCUUUUCAUGUGCUUAUUCGAUAUUGGUAUAUUUUAUAUUUUCUUUGAAGAAAUACCUAUUUAAAUCCUUUGCUCAUUUUAACUGGGUUGUUGCUAUUAUUGAGUUGUAAGAGGUAUGUUUUCCAGAUACAAGUCACUUAUCAGAUGUGUGAUUUGCUAUUGUUAUCUCCCAAUAUGUAGAUGUCUUUUCACUUAUUUUUUUUCCAUUUCACUUUAUUGAUAGUGUCCUUUGGAGCACAAAAGUUUUUAAUUUUGAUGAAAUCCAACUUAUUUUUCCUUUCAUUGCUUGUGUUUUUGCUGUCAUAUCUAAGAAUCAUUUGCCAAUCCAAGAUUGUGAAGAUUUAUCACUAUGCUUUCUUCUAAGGGUUUCAUAGUUUUAGCUCUUAUAUUUUGUUUUUUAUCCAUUUUGAGUUAACUUUUUAUUUGGUGAGGUAGGGGACCAACUUUAUUCUUUCGCAUGUUGUCCUGUAGAAAGUGUUUUACAGCCACUUAUUCCCCAUCACAGCCCCCAAGAAGUGAUUCUUUGUAGACAAGAAAACAAGGAAGUAGAAAUAAGUACCUGCUCAAGUAUACUUCUUGAGGAAGAAGUGGCAGAGUCAAAACUCAGAGUUCAGAAAUAUCUAGUUUUUGACAGUGGCUACACCCAGCCCACAGAAGGGUUUGAUUUGUGGGACAUGUUUUAGAUACAUUACAUCAACUUAUAAAAAUUUAAAAUGGUCAGUUAAAAAUUUGAACAAAUUUUCAGCUACUCACUAGAAAUUCUACUCACUAGAAAUCAUAUGAAGCUUAUAUUUCCCCAUGUUCAGUUGGUUCUGAGUCUCAGCUGCCCCUUCAGACAGGGCUUAUAUUACCUGUCACCUUCAGUGUCACCUCUCAAAAAUUAAGUACCCUUGUAGGCUCUUAAAGUAGCCCAUUUCAGUCACUAAUGAGCCUGCCCGGUCCCUGAAAAGGUAGGUGAGUUUCUGACUCCCAACUGUAAACCUCUCUUUUCAGGGAGUCCAAUAAACCUUUCUUUGAAUGAAUCAGAGGUUUAUUUAGCGUAUCAUUUAGAUGUUACUGUGUAACAAACUGUCCCGAAAUUUAGUGGCUUAAACCAGUAGCCAUUUCUUUAGCCCACAGAUCUGCACCUGUCUAAGAUCAGUUGUAGAUCAGCUGCAAUUAGUUUUGAUCUUGCUUGGAUACUUUCACAUGCCCCCAGUGAGACCUGACUCCUACUACUCAGAAAAUGCACUCUCUCAGGACACUGGCCUACCUGUCCUCUGCUUUUCCAUUCCUCCUCCUCUUCCUGAGAGCACUGACAGAGACAGUCAAGCUGUCAAGAGUGUGUGUGAUGUUUCAGGAGCCAGUGACUUUCCGGGAUGUGGCUGUGGACUUCACCCAGGAAGAGUGGGGGCAGCUGGGCCCUGCCCAGAGGACCCUAUACCGUGAUGUGAUGCUGGAGACCUUUGGGCAUCUGCUCUCUCUGGGGCCUGAGCUUCCAAAACCUGAAGUCAUCUCCCAGCUGGAGCAAGGGGCUGAGCUAUGGGCAGCAGAGAGAGAAAUUGCCCAGGGCUACUGUCCAGGCUGGGAGCCUGGACCUGAAAGCCAAGUGCCACCCAAGGAGCAUGUCCUUCCUGAGGUGGAUCCAUCCCACGUCACUGAAGGGGAAGGCUUCCUGAGGGAUGCUCCCUGUCCCACCAUACUGAGGGAAGACUGGGAAUGUGAGGGCCAGGUAAAGUUGCCUGAGAAAGAACAGGAUAAUUUGAGGCAAUUGGAAUUUAACCUCAAAGAAGCGCCAAUUCAAGAUAAAAGCUAUGAAAGUCUCAGACUUGGGGAAAAUGGUGUCCUGAGCUCAAACCUAAAUCCAUUCCCAGAGAUUUCUAGGAUUGAAUAUCUCUGUGCUUACAACUCACAGGUUAUAAACUCGGAACGUAACUCAAGCUUAGUCAGUCAGCAGACAGGCUCCUCAGGAAAAGAGCCGUGUGACAGCAGUGACUGUAGUAGAACUUCCAGUCAGGCCAUUCCAAUUCUGGAACUCACACGAAGCCAGGUACAGGAUAAACCCUACAAAUGUACAGACUGCGGGAAGUCAUUUAACCACAAUGCUCAUCUCACAGUGCAUAAAAGGAUUCAUACGGGAGAAAGACCUUAUAUGUGCAAAGAAUGUGGGAAAGCCUUCAGCCAGAACUCCUCCCUGGUUCAGCAUGAGCGAAUCCACACAGGAGACAAGCCCUAUAAAUGUGCUGAGUGUGGGAAGUCUUUCUGCCAUAGCACACACCUUACAGUCCAUCGGAGAAUUCACACUGGAGAGAAACCCUAUGAAUGUCAGGACUGUGGACGGGCCUUCAACCAGAAUUCAUCCCUGGGCCGGCAUAAGCGGACACACACCGGAGAGAAGCCAUACACUUGUAGCGUGUGUGGGAAAUCCUUCUCACGGACCACUUGCCUGUUCCUGCAUCUGAGGACGCACACAGAGGAGAGGCCAUAUGAGUGCAACCACUGUGGGAAGGGCUUCAGGCACAGCUCCUCUCUGGCCCAGCAUCAGCGAAAGCAUGCUGGGGAGAAGCCGUACGAGUGCCGCCAGAGGCUAAUCUUUGAGCAGACACCAGCUCUAACAAAACAUGAGUGGGCAGAAGCCCUUGGCUGUGACCCACCUCUGAAUCCAGAUGAGAGAGCCCACCGGAGCGACAGGCCAUUUAAGUGUAAUCAUUGUGGGAAGUGUUUUAUUCAGAGCUCGCACCUCAUCCGACACCAGAUAACUCACACCAGAGAGGAGCCCCAGGGACGGAAUCGGCGACGGCUUGAGCAGUCCUUUGGCCGGACCUCACAGCUUGGCCGCCAUCAGCACACACACUCAAGCGAGAGCCCUGGGGGUGGGACAAAGGCAGGACAGCCUGCAAGCCAGGCCCUUGCCUUGUUUGACAUCCAUGAAAUCAUGCAAGAGAAAAACCCAGUUCAUGUUAUCGGGGUUGAAGAGUCUUCUAUGGGUGCUUCUGUAUUAUUUGACGUUAGAGAAUCCUCAUAGGAGAGAAACUACAUGUGAUUUUUGGAACCGCAGGUACAAAAAUGUGGUAGGUCCACAUAGUAUGUUCAUCGAAAGGAGGGCUGGGGGUAGAAAUGUCUAAGGUGACCUCUGAUAUCUUAAGGAAGUGGUGCUUCCCAAUACCUGAGAUGGGUAGUUCUCAGAUCGGUCAAGCCCAGUGCCCCCUUUAACCACAGGUGUUUUGUGCCAUUCCCUAUACUACUCCAAAAUGAAUUCACAGGUAAUGUAACCUAUACACGUGUAGUGUAAAAAAAUCAAAAAAUAGCCCCUUUUUUAAAAGCAUAAUUAAAACAAAAGUAAUUUAUGGUAGAGUAAUGUGUACUCAGUUGGUGUGGUAUUUCUCCAUAUGACUGUGUGGACCAUUAUGCAUGGACACCUGGGGUGGGCUGUUGUCAUCUGGUAUAUGGGGUAUAAUGUUGGCCAUGAAAAUAUUGUGAGGGGCAAUCCUGUAUGGGAUGUGAUUUUUCUUAAGUGGUGACUAACUCUUGCAAAAGUUUGGAACAAAACAAGAUACUAUUAUUGCAUUUCUGGAAUAUUCUGUAUAAAAUUCUAAGCAUGCAGGAGUUAAUUUGUGUUUAUAUGUGAAGUUGACUUAGGAUCUCAGUUCAUACAUUACACUCUGGUUGUUUCACACAUACAUACGUACAUGGUCCACAGGGGCCAGUUCUGUACUUCAUAGUCAUUAGAACACACUUGGUACACACCACAUAAGCCCAGAUCAAAUGACAAAAGAGCCCCCGUGAAAUUCUACUACAUUCUCUUGGGGUGUCACAGCUCCUACUGAAAGCCAUUACCUUGAAAUUGUCAGUGUUGCUUAAGCCAGACGUUCUCAAUCAGGAUGGAUUUGUCCUCCAGGAGACAUCUGGUGAUGUCUGGAGACAUUGUUGGUUGUCAUAACUGGCAGAACAGAGGGGUGCCACUUGGCAGCUAGUGGGUGGAAAAUGCUGCUAAACAUCCUAUAAUGCCCAAGAUAGCCCCCUUAACAAGGAAUUAUCUAGCCACAAAUAUGCCAAGGUAGGGAAAUCAUGCCCAGCAGAACAGGCAACGUUUUCCAGACUCUAAAUUAGGUGAGGGCUCUACUAACAAUCCUAAACCUUUGAUUUUAACAAAUGAUAUCAUUAAUUGAUUUAUACAUAAAUGUUUUCUAGUGAUUUUUUUUUACUGUUUUGCAACAUUCCUAAUUGGUGUGAGAAAAGGAAGAGAAUCUACUUAUUUUUCUGAGUAAUGUAAAUUUUAGCAUUUUAUCAUGGACCUUGUAAACAUGAAUAAGCCCCACUUUUGACCAUUUCUCCUCACUGCUGUGUGGGGUACAGAUUUGGGAAUGUUCUACCUAUCAGUAGUGCUUUUUGGGGGAGGGGACACCCAAUGGUAACUUGCUGGUUCCAGACAGCUCUAGAAGCCAGGCCUGCAAUUGCCCUUUUACCUCCACCUCAGCCCCCAUAAUGGCAGCUCCUGAGGGUCAUGUUUCCCCAGUCUCAGAGACUGAGGUUACAGUGGCCUCAGUGGGUAAGCUGUGAACAAGCUUGUCACUUGCCUUCCUCUCCAGGCAACAGAGAUCUUUACAAAUUUUCUAUUUCUCAUUUCAGGUCGCAUUUCCUAGGCAUAAUAUCCCUACUGAUAGUCUUACAGAUGUUUUGAAACAAAGGUAAAUGAACUCCUCAGGGGAGGUUACUAUAAACUACAGAGGACAUGAUUUUAUAAGUUUAUAAAAGUAAUGUAAAUUCUUUACCGCAAAUGUGGAAGAUGCACAAAAGUAAAAUUUAAUUCCUCAUACUUCCACUAUCCAGAGAUGGUCAUUACCAUUAAGAUUUUAAUUUUCCUAUAAUUUUUUCUUAAAAAUACAUGUAUACAUAUAGUGUACACUAGGUCUUAGGCGCACAAAAAAUGUAUAGUAUUGUUGUGUUUAGAAAAUUGGAAUCCUUUCUAGUUCUCUUAUAACACAUGUUUCUUACUAUAUUUUGAGCGUUUUCCUCUGCCAAUGAAUUUCAUGUAGCUUUUUAAAUUACCUUUCAGGGAGAUUGUAACAGUGUGACCACCUAGCAUUUUAUCAGCCUUGACUUUUAUCCAAAAGGGGGGAAGGAUUUCCUAUACAUUUCCAGGGGAAGUAUAAAUUGAAACAGGCUCUGUGAAGGGCAACUUACUAGUUGCUAUCUAAGAUUACAAAGACACAAACUCUUUGUCUUAGUAAACCUGUUGCUGGGAGUGAAUCCAAUAGAUUUAUUUGUAUGUUGUAGACUAUUUGUACAUGGUUUCCCUAUGGCAUUGAUUUAAGAAGUAAAAAUUUGUAAACAACCUUAGUGUCCACCAUGGGGAACUGGGUUAGUGAUUUGUGCUGGAAUGGAGAACUACACAGCUUUAAAAAUGGGGACUGUCUAUGUGAUAAUAUGGGAAAGAGCUCCAAGAUACACUGUUAAAUGAAAAGGUAUAAAACAGUGUGUAAAGUAUGUUUCCAUUUGUGUAAAAAAUUUUUUUGGUCACACAUAGACAAACACAAUCUCCUAAGGGUACAAAGUAACAAGGCAUACUGGUUGCUCUUGGGGAGGAGAACUGGGAGGAAAGGGAUGAGGAAUAAUAUUCAUUCUAUAUCUUUUGAUAUUUUUGGAAUUUUGAAACAUGUAAAAGUAUUACCAGUUCAAAAAAUAAAUUUAAAUUAAAAAUCUCAACUCUUGCAAAUUAAAGUUAA